GCCGAAGAUGUCGGCUCGGUCAUGUGAUCACAUCUGUCACGCUGACAGCUCGAGAGGAGAGGAGAGCCGGUAAUCGGCAUUCCGCGGAUAGGACAUGUACACUGAUCAUCAGGGCACUGAUGAUCAGUGUGCCCUGAUGAUCAGUGUGGCCCCAGAAGUGCCACCUGUCAGUGUCCAUCAGUGCCAGCUGCCGGUGCUGAACGUGCCAGUGCCACAUCAAUGCCACAUAUCAGUGCCUACCAGUGCACAUCAAUGCCACAUAUCAGUGCCCAUCUGAGCUGCCUUUCAAUGUCACCCAUCAGUGCCAGUUAGUGCCACCUAUCAAUGCCAAUCAGUGCCACCUAUCAGUGCUGCCAAUCAGU